AUCUAUUAUAAAAGAUCUAGAUCUAUAUAGGCCUAUAAUAAUAAGUUCAGUUGUGCGUCAUAAGCGCAGUUCAAAGUCAUCAAUGUCUAGCCGAUAUUAGCAUUUGAUUGUUAAGAAACAUUCACUCCUGAAUGACUCAGUGAAAAAUAUCCUGACAGCUGUUGCAUGCAAUGCGGGACAUGAAAUUCAAACAUAAAUACAACACUAAAGUUGUGACUGAGUGCUGGGAAAGUUACAACAAUUUUAUGUGUAGCUAGACUUGGUGUGUAGGCUGUGUUCAAAUCUAGAUCUAUAGUCAACUAGUUUUUAAAGUAGCCUACUUUAGGCCUAGAGCUCUUAGCUCUUGAUCUGUAUAGUUAUAUUUCAUCACAUGUAUUUUAAAAUGAAAUCUUUAAAUAAAUAAUUGUUAAUUGUGUGUAGCUGUUUUUGUUAUAGAUCUAGUCAUAAGACUUCCUGAAAAUAAAACAACUAAAAAAUUAAUAUAUUUAUUACCAGAAUUAGAUUUAGUAGGCUUAAGCCAAAAUUUUCACCAGCUCUCAAAAUGGAUUGUACAUUAUCAUUAACCACAAAGUGUAUCCACUAUGGAUGGAUAAUAGCAACAUUAAAAUUCAUUUCUCUAUGUUCUUUUUUGGCUGCUGAGCCAGUCAAUGUUGCCUUAAAUAAGCCUGUGACUGCUUACUACAGUUGCGGCUACUUUGGUAGAGAAGUGUACACAACGAUGACUGAUGCUUACAGCUCUGCCUCCUCAAGGCCCAGGAGAAGCUGCAUUGAUUUCAGCUUCAACCAAAGUCAAGUGAAGGCGUCCUACCCUCCUGAAGCCAUGGUAGAUGGACGUUCAGACACAUGGUGGCAAAGCACAUCAAGGAGUAGAAUAUAUUACUAUGGUCAAAUGCUCGCUGUUGAGAUGUACAGAAAAUUAGAAGCCAUGAUUGACAUUGAUCUAAAUCAAGAGUUCCUGAUGGAACAAAUAACAAUUCAACUUGGAGAUGCUUUGACACCUCAGAAAAUAGCCAUCUUAAAGUCUCAAGACAACAAAACCUUUACUCCUUGGAUCUUUGCUGUGACUGUCAAUGAUAGGUGCUCUUCAUUUUUCAAUGCAACAUACAAGAUGAGUCCAGAAUCAAUGGAAGAUACAAUUUGUGUUAAUUAUGUUGCUGAUGAUGUGCCACCAGGGGAUAGUAUUAUAAUUGACUUGACUACAGUGCCAGCAUCCCUGAAGGAAUGGACCAGAAUACGCUAUAUGAAAAUAAAACUCUAUGAUAUGAUGUUUGUUUAUCCUUUCAAUUCAUUGGCAGACAGUUAUAACCACUAUGCUGUGGCUGAGCUGACAGCCAAGGCUGAAUGCCCUUGUAAUGGUCUUCAAACUGGAUGUGCAGUUAGUAACAUCACAGGAAUGUAUGAGUGUACUUGUGGAGGAAAUACAAGCGGAAGAUUCUGUGAAUCCUGUCUGCCAGGCUUUAACCAAUUUGCCUUUCAGUAUGGAAAACCAUGUGUUGAAUGCAAUUGUUUUGGUCACUCAACUACAUGCUUCUACAAAACUUCAGUUGAAGAAGGAAAGCUUUCCAUAGACAAAAAUGGUGCAAGGAAUGGAGGGGGUGUUUGUUUUGACUGUAAAAAUAAUACAGCAGGAAUUAACUGUGAGAAAUGUGUAGAUAUGUACUACAGGCCUGUUGAUAGACAGCAGACAUCUGAAGAUGCUUGUCUCCCUUGUCAGUGCAAUAGCUCAGGAUCCACUGGGAAUAAUGCAACAGGUUUAGUGGAUUGUGUAAUGAACAAUGAUACACCUAGAUCUGAUGGCAAGUCACCAGGUCAAUGUUUUUGUAAGGCCAAUGUAAUGGGUCCCAAAUGUAGUGAGUGUAAACCUGGAUUUUAUAAUCUGCAGCAAAGUAACAGUGAGGGAUGUUCAAAUUGUAAUUGUUACACAAGUGGUACUGUUGGCAACAGCACUCUUUGUACCCCUGAUAACAUAGGUCAGUGCAAUUGCAAGGCAAAUGUUGAUGGCAGAGCUUGUGACAGAUGCAAAGAUGGGUUUUACAACUUGACAAGUGACAAUCUUAUAGGCUGCACUCCUUGCAAUUGUAAUGCUGGUGGCUCUGUCCAUCAGAAUUGUGACAAGCAGACAGGACAGUGCAUUUGUAUCAGUCAAAAUAUUCAGGGAAGAAUAUGUGACAGGGUUAAUCAAGGCUUCUACUAUCCAAGUUCACACAGUAUAUACACAGAGCUAGAGGACAGUAUUGGUGAUGUGGUGGUCAACAGAAAUCCUUUAUUUGCUGGAUUCUCUGGGAGGGGGUAUGCAGUUGUGGGGACAGGAAAAAACAUCACAUUUUUAUUGACAACUCCCAGAGACACAGACUUGAGCAAUAAUUAUAUCAUAAUUGUUGUCUAUCGUUCUCAAGUAGUUAACAAUAUCACAGUCCAAAUACAAACAUCAGAUGAAGUUGUCAUAAACCAAACUUUGAUAUUGCCAGCAUGUCCAACCUUAUGGUGUCAGAAGAUAGGCUCCUAUUCUGAUAUCUUAAGUCUUUUCCCAGGGGCUAAUCUCAUCUUACUGAGAGUCAAUAGUGGUUCAGCUUUAUUGGAUAAAUUCAUUGCUUUGCCAGUAGAAUUGACAAAUGUGACACAUCUGUUGACAAGCCCAUUGCCUACAGAUUGUGACUUUGUUAGCAAUAUAAUACCAACUGAUCCUACUAAUAAGACUGCUUGCCAAAAAGCUCUCUUCUCAGUCACUAUGUACUAUUGGAAUUCUCCACUUCCUUGCAACUGUGAUGUCACUGGAAGCAUUAGCUUGUUUUGUGAUGAGAAUGGAGGUCAGUGCCAGUGUCAGCAGGGUGUCACUGGCAGAACUUGCAACAAAUGUGUUCCUGAUCAUUAUGCAUUCACAUCAACUGGCUGUACAGCCUGCAACUGUACUGGUUUAAGUUCUUCUUGUGAUAGUGGAACUGGUCAAUGCCAGUGUCCUGACAAUACCAUUGGACGUCAGUGUGAGUUUUGUGUUCCUAAUAACUGGAACUGGUCAAAGACAGAAGGCUGUCAGGACUGUGGCUGCUACUCUGCCGGCUCUGUCAAUCUACAAUGUAACUUGAGUACAGGUGUCUGCCAAUGUAAGGUUGGCUUUGAAGGUGCUAAGUGUGAUAGCUGUAUGAAUGAAUAUUACCUAUCAAUUAACCAGGAAUGCAGUCCUUGUUUGUGUGACCACUCAGGCUCAACCACCAAAGUUUGUAACAAGACUACUGGCCAAUGUUCCUGCAAGAAUAAUACUGUUGGCAGACAGUGCAGUGAAUGUGAUGUGGGUAGCUUCAGUCUUGGAUCUAGCCCUACGCAGGAUUGUUUGAAAUGCAUUUGUAUGGGCAUUACAUCAACCUGUGGACCAGCUGAUGUUAAGCUAAGCUAUAGUUUGUAUAAUCUGGUCAUUAAGACAGACUCUAUCACAUCUACCCUUCAACUUGUUGAUGAAACUUCUACAAAUGUCUCUCUACCAGUUCGCCCUGGAACUGAUCCAAAGUAUGUAGGGGCAGUGGUUGUGGAUGUGACAGCUGCACAACCUCAGCUGUACUGGAAGAUGCCAAACUCUUUCACUGACAACAUUUUGUCUCUUUACGGCUCAGAAGUAAAUUUCAUUGUUAACUACAUCAAUAUUUCUACCUCGACACCAUUGACUCUGAAUGUCAUUCUCCUUGAUGUGAAAGGACUGAAACUGGUUUCCCCUGUCAAGAAUGUCAAGCAAGGGGAGAAUACUGAGCACAAGGUAACUUUGAUAGAAGAUGGCUGGACAAAGUUUCCUAGUGGAGUCACAGUGACAAGAGGGGAAUUCCUCAAAGCUCUGUCAACUGCCAAAGCUUUAUUGAUUCCAGCCACAUUUGUGCUUGGCAACCAUACAGCUCAGUUGUCUCAGCUGUCACUGGGCUCUGUCAGUGAUGUUGGUCCAGUCAAUCCAGCUGUAGAACAGUGCCAGUGUGGUGAAGGAUACCAGGGCAGGUCUUGUGAGAAGUGUGCACCUGGUUAUAAAAGGGUAAAUGUGACAACAUCUGAUUACUUUGGUUACUGUGUCCCAUGUGAAUGCAAUGGACAUUCAUCACUGUGUGAUCCAGAUACAGGAAUGUGUCAAGAAUGCCUGAACAACACAGCUGGUGCUUCCUGUGAAGUCUGUAAAACUGGACACUAUGGAGACCCAGUCUAUGGCUGCUCAAGAUGUCCAUGCUAUCAGCCCAGAGUUGUAAAUGAAACAUGCCAUUUUGAGAACUCAUCUGAUGGUUUGAGUUCUGUCCCUGUCUGCAACUUCUGUAGGCCUGGCUAUAUUGGGCCUCUUUGUGAUAGCUGUGAUGCCAACUAUUAUGGUGAGCCACUGAAAGUUAAUGGGACUUGUUUACCUUGCGAUUGUAAUGGGAACUCUCUCACUUGUGACAACAUCACUGGCAUAUGUAAUAACUGUUCAUCUAAUACUACUGGUAUUAAAUGUGAGCAAUGCAUGGCAGGUUUCUAUGGCAAUGCUUCUCUUAAAAACUGUCAAGAAUGUAAGUGCAGUGCAUCAAACUCAACUGUCUGUGACAAUGUGUCAGGACAGUGUUCAUGUCUACCUGGAGUUGAAGGAAGAGAUUGCAGUUAUUGCCAGGCAAAUUUUUGGAGUUUUAACUCAACCUCAGGUUGCCUACCUUGUCGCUGCAUUGACCAGGGAAGUCAGAGCUUACAGUGUAACAACAUGACAGGUCUGUGCACCUGCAAGCCAUUCACAUCAGGAGAUGCCUGUGACACAUGUGCAGAUGGUUACUAUGGACUACCCCUUCAACCAUGCCAGGCUUGUAACUGUAACACUACCGGCUCAGUAGCUGCAACAUCUUGUAAUAAAACUAGUGGGCAAUGUCAGUGCCUGCCAGGUGUUGGAGGUCUUAAGUGUGACAAGUGCCUUCCUUUUUUUGUGAAUUUCACCACUACUGGAUGUCAGGAGUGUGGACAGUGCCAAAAGUCAUUUGGUCAAGAUAUUACCAGCCUGAUACAAGUUGGACAGACACUAUUCAACAAAACAAAGUCAACUCUCCUAGUUCAGAAAGAAGGCUACAGACUAAACAGUUUGUCACUAAAACUAAAUGAGAGUAUCAACCUUUUAGGUUUAGCUGGUAGCAAUGCAACAUCUGUUCAGGACAUCAUUCAAAAUGUUGAUAGUCAGAAGCGUGCUCUUAAUAGCACAUUGCAGAUGGCUAAAUCUAACGUAGCUCAGCUCUCAAUAGCCGUUGAACAAACAAAAUCUGACAGUGAUACAGUACUCUCCAAAUUUAGCAGCAUGAAAGAUAUCAGUACAAACUUAUCAUCAUCAGCUUCAUCUUUUGAAGAGAAACUUAAGAACUACCUUCUUUACCUUGAGCAGUAUAAUUCAACAGCCUCUCAGUAUCUAUACAGAAAUUCUACUUUUGGAUCAGUACUUUCAUUUUCCAAUGAAAAUGAAAUUGUCGGAAAUUUUUUGUCAUCAGUAAAUAGUAGUAUUGGUUUGAUGUCUGCUACCAAUACAGUUAUAAGUCAACAGGCAGUAACACUGGAAAGGAUCAAUGGCACAGUAGUGAGUUUGAUUAUGGAGCUAGACUCUAAAAAUAUGGCUGCAACUAAUUUAUCCACAUCCUUGGACUCUUUGUCAUUCACAACAUUCAGUUUAGACAACAUUCAGGAUCAGACUGAGGCUUACAAAGCACAAUUAGAAACAUUGUUCCAAACCACUGAUGAUGUCCUUAACUCAGCCAUCAAAAUGAAUGCAGACAUAUUGUCCAAUUUAACAGCUGCUCGUACAGGGGUGAGAAACACAGAUGCUAUUUAUAGUGGAAAUGCUGCUAUGGUAAUGUCUGGACCUGAUUACCUCCCCUUCCCUGUAGGUGUAACAAACUUUCUCACUGGUGUAAGUAAACUGGACUAUUUGUUGACAUCAACUCCUGAACUGAUAACCAAUGUUUCAGCCAAUGUCCUCAGUUUAGAAGCUCAAGUUGCUGUAUUAAAUGAAAGCUUAGCUGUAUACAACAGCACCUACCUUAACAUCAGUACCAAAGGCGGGGAUGCAGUAAAAGUGAUCACCAACUUUGAGACUGUGAUAAGGGAUCUUAGUACUUCAGGAAACAUAGCUGCUAGUGCUCAUGACUUGAUGACUGGUGUGGAGAAUAACUUAACUGGCAGCUCUCUAGAGCUCAUGAACUCAACUUUUACAGCAGAAAAUGAUACCAGCCAUAAAUUGAGGAACAGGUUAUUUGCUCUUUCUUUGGAAUACCAGCCAGAAGUUUUAAAGAACCAACUGACCAAUGCACUGUUCAACCUUGACAACGAAAUUACACAAUGGGGAAAAGCAGAUGCUUCCUUAUCAGUUAUGACAGUUGCAGCAGACCCUCUGAACACACAAUUGAAAGAUAAACAUUUAUCAGAUGAUUUAGCUAAUGCCCUUGCUAAGGUUCAAGCUGCAGAAUCAAUAGCUCAAUCUGCAAAUACUAGUGCUACUGAGAGGGCCAGUGAGCUGAAUCAGAAGCAGUCUGAGAUUGGACUUUUACAGAGUCAGAUCAAAAGAGUCCAAGACUUGCAGACAUCUGUAGAAAACUCUGUGGCAUCUUAUCAAGGGAAAGUUUCUAGCUUCAAAAGCAAUCUCACAUCUGCUUCAAAUCUGAUCACCAACAUGGAUUCAUCAAUCAAAAGUGUUCAAGAUAAAAUUAAGUUGCUGGAGAGCAAAAUGGCUGAAGCUGAGAGCCUAUUAAGUCGACUUCGCAAACCUUUGACAUUUGAUGGUGCAUUGAGCCUCCAAGUGAAGAACUCUGAGAGUGGCACUGCACAUCUGUAUGAUAAUGUUGUAAUUGAUGUUAAAAAACCAGCAAACUUCAGCGAUGGCGUAAUUUUAUUUAUGGAUUCUCCUGGCACAGAGUCUGAAUUUCAACUUGGCUUGACUAGUGGCAAAAUGUUUUUUAAAUUCAACACUGGCACUCAAAGUGUAAAUGUCAACAGUAGGGCAGACAUCUGUGGGGAUUGCUGGAUCAGGGUCUAUGCAACAAGAUAUGCAAAUGUUGGCCAUUUGACUGUGACUCCACUGCCAUCUGGCACUCCUGUGUCUGACAGUAUAGUUGGACCAGAUUCAAACACAAAGACAAUUAACUUAACAUCAGAUGUAUUCAUUGGAACUCUUCCCAGUGACAAAGUGACCACAAAAGUUGUCAACAGGGAGUUCAGAGGAUGUUUGUUCAACACUCAGUACCAGGGAAAGUACCUCAACUUGUGGACCAAAGCAGCCUCUGCCACAACGCAAGUCAAAUGCUGUGAUGUACCACCAAGUAUGGCUUCUCCAGUUUCCACAUCAGGCACCUCAUUUACUGGUUGGGGGUAUGCUGAACUCCCACCUAGAACCAUUGCCUUCUCUGACAUCAUACAGUUGAGUCUUGAACUAAGAACUUUCUCCCUUGAUGCCACACUGUUUAGUAUCACCUCUUCUGAUCAGGCAACCAGUUUCACCAUUUCUCUUACCUCAGGAUAUGUUCAAUUGUCACUUGUAGCCAAUGGGAUACCUUACAUUUUAAAAAGUAAUCACCAGUAUUCUAAUGGCCAGUGGAUGCAGAUUCUUGUCAUGAAAAGUCCAAUUGAGCUGAAACUUGUUGUUAGAAAAAUAUCUGAUCAAAGUAGUCUGGAUGUCAAAAAUGAGACCGUCACUUCUAUUGACCUUUCACCUUGUAAUGGGAAAAACUAUAUCUUUGGUUCUAACUCUACAAUUAGAAAUGGAAAGAUUGCAUUUGCUGGCUGCAUGAGAAACAUAUCGUUAACAUCCAAUCAAACAACAGAAUCUUUGUCUUUCAAAGAUGCCUCUACAGCACCUGGUGUUAGCACUGAUGGAUGCUUUGCAAAUGUCAUCAAUGGAAUUUUGUUCACCAGUCAGUCAGCAUAUGCUCAGUUGUCUUUUCCUAAUCAGUUGCAGCAGGUGAAGAAGCUGGAGUUAGAUCUGGCUACCCUGGAACCAAGUGGGAUUGUUCUUUUCAUCAGUAGUGAUGGUGCAUUGAGAUUUUUAUACCUGGCACUUUAUGGUGGCAAUGUCAUAGUGGUCUAUCGGCAAAAUGAUACAGCAACUGUGGUCAGCUCUGGUCACUACAUUAGUGAUGGUCAAGUACAUACCAUUAAAAUAGACUGUUCUACUUUCAGAGUUUCAGUAAACAUUGAUGGAGUUACUUUUGAAGAAACUAGCCCAACUUUAACUACAGACUAUCUGUCAUUUCCUUCCAAUGUUGUCCUUCACAUUGGUGGUAAGCCUUCUGUUGUACAGUUGCCAGAAUUUCCAACUGUUGUUUCCCUUGUUGGUGGUAUCUCCAGAUUGUUGGUGAAUGAUGGUUCCAUUAGUUUGACAGACACUACUUUUCAUGCUGAUGUGUCAUACGCUGGUGUACCUGUAGCUUCUACAACUCAGCUGAUGACUACUUCAACACAAAGUGUAUCUUGUGCUUCUCCACCUAUUCCAUCAUAUUUGUCAUACUCCGAGGGCUUCCUGAUGACUGGAAUGUAUGAUAUCAGUUUCAAUGACCAUGUUAUGGUCUCCAGUAUUGUGGAGUAUUUGGAAACAGGGUUUUCCAUAGAUUUGGACAUAGCCAUUUACAAAGCUGAUGGAGUCUUACUGUAUGUAGCAGAUAUAAUUAAAGACCCAUCCUACUAUUUUACUAUCUUCAUUAUGGAUGGUGUGGUCAACCUGCACAUGAAAACAUCAAGUAACACAGAUCUACAAGUUGUGCUGACUAAAAGUAUCAAAGAUGGUCACAGAAUAAGUAUCUCCAUUCUGCGCAUCAAUGAUUAUAUUGCAAUAAAGAAUGACCUAGACAAUGACUACCAGAACACUAAACUUAGCCCCAACAUCACAACACAGUUUCCUGUUCCAAAUACAAACAAAGUGUAUCUAGGUGGACUGGGUGUCUAUGAUCUCAGCACAUCACCUUUGCCACAGGUUUUCCAUGCACAGCCAGAGAAAGUUAUGUUUGCUGGAGCUGUUUAUUCUGUUAAAGUUUCAAGAACCCUUACAGACAAUUUCUACCUAAAAAUUGACACAUUAAACAGAACACAGUUUCCAGCAGUUCCUAGCAAAGUUUCUUAUGGCGUGACUCUGUCUGGUGUCAAUUCUUACUUAGGAUUAGGUCUAGUAUCAACUCUGGGGAAUUUUUCAAUAACACUACGUUUAAGUACAACCUCAAGCUCUGGAUUACUAUUUGUAUUACAAGUUACAUCCUCUACAUAUUAUGUUGCUUUGGACUGGAGUAAUAAUCAGCUUAAUUUUUACCUGGCACCAAGUUUCCAAGGUUUUGUUGAUCCGUUAGUAAUCCCAUUAGAUUCUACAGCCAAUGUAUGUGAUGGUAAUAUGCAUGAUGUCAGCCUACAACUGGACACUAACUCAGUGACUCUAUCAGUUGAUAGUGUUUUGAAGUCUAAGAUGAACAUACCAGCAAGUCAUGCACUUCAACCAAUGACCAAUGCAACUUUAUUUGUUGGAGGAUUAAAAGAUUCAUCUUUAACAUUACCUCCAAGUCUAUCAAAAGCAAGUUUGUCAGCUUGUGUGCAGUCAGUCAUCUUAACUAGAACAGAGACAACAGCUCUAUAUGAUCCUACCCAGUAUGCUGCCUCUAGCUCUGGAACAUCCUAUGGUUGCCCAUAUAUAUAACAGGAAUAUCUGCAAUGAUGAAAGUUGUUGCUGGCUUAUCUUUUUUAUUAUUAAAAAACUUAUUUUUUGCUCAUCAAAAAGUAUUUUUAAAGCUUUUUUAUUUUAUUUAACUUGUAAUUUACUCCAUGAAUUAAAUUUCAUGUAUCCAUAUUGUAAUAACUUAAGUGAGACGACUCAACGAGACAAGGAUGUUUAUUCACAGGAAAUCACAAAUACAUAAUAACAUCUUCCUUUAGCACAAUCUCUUCACUUCGGCUCUAGACUUGGGCGGAAAUACUUUUUUUCUCUAAUGUCAACAUCCUUCCUAGUCUAGUCACUAAUAUUGCGCAACUUCUGCACUAUCUUGGAUAGUGGUGUACAUAAUGGUGGUGUACAUGGCAGUGGUAUAACAAUAUAAUCAAGCAUCUCUAUUACAACUUUGGUCAUAAUGACAAUGAAAGUGGUCUAGAACAGCAUUUCUCAAAUAGUAGGGCACGCCCUCUUUGGGAGAGGGGGUAGCUUGACAUGCUGAAAAAAGACAAAAAAAGUCUGUUGUAUUUACACUGUAUCCUUAAAAUCCAUAUUUGAGCAGUAAAAAUAACAUGAUUACAUAUUUAAAAUCCCUUGAUAUGGGGUCGCAUCACUUGUAAAAGUUUUAAAAACUCUUGUCUGGAACAUUGCCUUAACAAAACUUUAAUUUAAAAAAUUAAGUAAAAAAGCCUAUCAUUAUUAAACUGUCUUUUUUUUUAUUAAAUAAGCCUGUGUAAUAUAAAAAUUAAAAACACUUAUAAUAAUUUUUCUAAAAAAGGGAAAUUAUACAUUAAUUUAAGCUAGUAGUGAAGUCUUGCAAAGCUCAAAAAUAUAAUGUCAAUAUUUGGUCUGUUUACUCAUAUGCUUUGUAUGUACUUACAUAUAAAAUCAAGCUUUAACAAAUGUUUUUAUAAUUGGAAUGAAAGAAUUCACAUCAAAUGUUACAAUGUGUAGCAUUAUUUGUUGUUUUGAACAAGACCUAGAUUACCAUAUAUUUUCAAAAGAAAUACACUGUUUGAUGUAAGUAAUUAUGGCAAUGAUAAACUUUGAAUUUUAAAAAAUUAAAUAUAUUCUUUAAAAAAAAAUGACAACUCUUGAUAACAUUGUCACUGAACAGAAUGAUAGAAAUUUGUGUUGAAAGAUGCGUUUCAAUAAUAUAUAUUUUAUGAAGUGGGUUGUUGUAUUGUGAAUUGGAUGUACUUUUACAUAUCAGUGCAAUUUAAGUGACUAGCAGUGCCAGUACACACACACACAUAUGUAUAUCCCUCUUCUGAUACUUUAUGUUGAUUACUCUGUUAUAGCUCCAAACAGCUAGCACAACUAACCCUAUGUAGGUUUAUUAGCCCAUUA